GCGGCACAGCCUCCCUCCGUCCCUCGGCUGCUCGUGGACCCUCCGGAGAGUGCAAGCCUCCGCGAUGUCUGCGCAGAGCCUCCUCAACAGCGUCUUCUCCUGCUCCUCGGCGCCUCCUGCCUCUUCCGCGAAGAGCCUCUCCAAGCGGAGGCUCCGCCAGACCCGCAGCCUGGACCCGGCCGUGCUGUCCCGCGGCAGAGGCGGCGGCGCUUCGGCGGAGUUCCCCCCCUCCUCCGCCUCCUCCUCCUUGGCCUGGGCGCGCGCCCUCUCGCGCCCGCCCGCCGCCCUCGCGCCCCCGGGGGCCUGCGCCUCGCUCUCCACGCCCAGCACCCCGCUGGACAAGUCGCCCUCCGGCAGCUGCCACUUCGAGUACGAGCCCGCCGGGCGCGGGAAGCGGCACACGGCCUGGGAGCUGCCCUUCCUGGCCCGGGCGCCCUCCGCCUCCGCUCUCAGCAGCGCCCCCAGCGGCGGAGGCGCCAACAGCAUCUUCUUCUCGCCCAGGAAGUGGCUCCAGCAGAGGAAAGGGGCCGCCCAGGGGCCCAGGAGCCCCGCCCUCUGGAAAGCCCAGGGUGACUUCACUUGGAAUAGUAUGUCGGGGCGCAGUGUUCGACUCAAAUCUGUUCCUGUCCAAAGUCUUUCAGAAUUGGAGCGUGCCCGCCUACAGGAAGUGGCUUUUUAUCAGUUGCAGCAGGACUGUGACCUAGGAUGUCAGAUAACUAUUCCCAAAGAUGGACAAAAAAGGAAGAAAUCAUUACGAAAGAAACUGGAUUCCCUUGGAAAGGAAAAAAACAAAGAUAAAGAGUUUGUACCCCAGGCUUUUGGUAUGCCUUUAUCACAAGUAAUAGCUAAUGAUCGGGCCUACAAACUGAAGCAGGACAUUCAGAAGGAAGAGCAGAGGGAUGUUUCAGAAUUUGUAGCCUCCCUUUUACCAUUUGGGAGCAAAAGACAAAACAAGGAACUCUCAAGCAGUAACUCAUCUCUUAGCUCCACCUCAGAAACACCAAAUGAAUCUACUUCACCAAAUACUCCAGAACCAGCUCCACGAGCCAGAAGGAGAGGUGCAAUGUCUGUGGACUCCAUUACUGAUCUUGAUGACAGUCAGUCUCGACUGCUGGAAGCUCUACAGCUGUCACUGCCUGCUGAAGCACAGAGCAAGAAAGAAAAAUCCCGGGACAAAAAACUUAGUCUCAAUCCUAUUUACAGGCAAGUUCCUCGGCUUGUAGACAGUUGCUGCCAGCAUUUAGAAAAACACGGUCUCCAAACAGUAGGUAUAUUCAGAGUCGGGAGCUCAAAAAAGAGAGUAAGACAGUUACGUGAGGAAUUUGACCGUGGUGUAGAUGUUGUGCUGGAUGAAGAACAUAGCAUUCAUGAUGUGGCUGCUUUACUAAAGGAAUUCCUUCGUGACAUGCCUGACCCACUCCUGACUCGAGAGCUUUAUACUCCUUUUAUCAACACUCUCUUAUUAGAGCCUCAUGAACAACUAAGCACGUUGCAACUUCUUAUUUUUCUUCUCCCUCCCUGCAACUGUGACACCUUGCAUCGACUCUUGCAGUUCCUCGCCACUGUAGCUAGCCAUGCAGAAGACCGAAUAGAUGAAGACAGCCAGGAAAUUCUUGGUAACAAAAUGACGUCACUCAACCUAGCCACUAUAUUUGGACCUAAUCUGUUGCAUAAACAGAAGACAACAGACAAAGAAUUCACAGUUCAAAGUACAGCACGUGCUGAAGAAAGCAAUGCAAUUAUUACAGUGGUGCAGAAGAUGGUUGAAAACUAUGAAAUGCUUUUCAUGGUCCCAGCUGACCUUCAAAAUGAAGUUCUUAUUAGUCUGCUUGAGACUGACCCUGAUGUUGUUGACUAUUUGCUGAGGAGGAAAGCAUCCCAGUCAUCAAGCCCUGAAGCACUCCAGUCGGAAGGUUCUUUCUCCAUGGAAGGCAGACAUUCGUCCAUAGAUUCAAAUAGAGCCUCAAGUGGCGACAUCUCACCUUACGACAACAAUUCCCCAGUGCUCUCUGAACGGUCUCUUUUGGCAAUGCAAGAAGACCUGUCCCUCAGUUCUGAAAAGUUGUUUAAAGUGCCGGAACAAUGCACCUUGAUUAGUCAUUUUCAACCAAAAUCAAGAGAAAAUUCCCUUGGAUCAUGGCUUGGGAAAGAUGCUUCAGAGGACUAUUUUGACAUAUGGGGAACCUGGCAUUCAACGUUGAAAAGUAGUAACAAAGAUACAGAUAUUGCAGGGUCCCAUGGAGACAUCUUUGAAAGCAGCUCGCUACGGCCAGGCCAGUGCUCUCUUUCUCAAGGGAACCUGUCACUGCCUUCAUCCCAGUGGCGAGGGAGCAACACAGAAUUAGAUCACGGGAGGCAAGCCAUCCGAAGGAGCCAGACUGCAGCCGCCCUUCCUGAAUGUCGUCCACAUCCCCCCCUCUCUCGGGUUUGCAGCACCCCACAAAUGGAGGUCAGCAGAAGGAAUUCUAGCCAGUCCAAUCCAGAGCAGCAUUUCUCUGCGGGAAACACAGAACACCUUACAGAACAAGACUCAGAUGCAGCUUGUUUGCAUAACAUGGGGAAACCCUUGUACUUGAGGCAAGCUGAAGUAAUGUGUCGAGACAGGCCACCACCACCUUAUCCGGACAAAGCAAAGCCAACUUGCACCUUGCAGGCCAUUGCCUCUCCAACUGAGAAUCCAUUGUGGAGGCUUCGGAGGCCAGAUUCCCAUUCAGGGACCAUAGGAGCAAGAAUAAUGACUCAAGUGCCUGAGCAGGCAGCCCUAUGUGAGGAGCAACAAGACCAAAAAGAGAGGAGGGCUUCCAUCCCAGAGAGCGAGCAGAACAAUAAGCAUUUGUCAGAGCCAGACUGGCAUGACUGGCAAAGGGAUCGAUGGCAAAUCUGGGAAAUUUUAUCACCCGAUAAUCCAGACUCUCUCCCUGAAACACUAGUAUGAGUGGAAGAUCCCACUUGGAGUGACAUUGCUUUUUCACAGCCAAAGAAAGAAUGGGACCGGGGACUGAAUUCUAGCUUUGUUUUAUACCAAGCAGAUAAUAUGCCAUUUGUUUGGAUUUUUUUUCAACAAAAAAACUAUGAUCACUUUAUAAUUUUUUUAGUAGCACUGUAAAAUUUAUGAAUUUUGUUCUGGCUUGUAAUUGUCAUAAGAAGUAAAAAUGCGAUAACAAUUCAAGGCCUAACCACUCUGUAAAAUAUAAGCUGCGUGUAUGAUAAAAUCUGCAGCCUUGAUGUUGCUAAAAUGUAUUUAUGUAUCUGCCGUUCAGAUGAUUGUAUAUUCUGCAAAAAGUCUUCUUUUUUUGUACAAUGGUAUUUUCAUAUGCAAGAGAAAACAACUUUUGACUGCUUUUUUAAAAGAAAGAAUUAUUUUAAUCACCGCACUUAGUAAUAUUACCACAAUAUGUAUUGAGGCUCUCUUUGAAGUGCACAAGCUGGUUUCUGUGCUUUUAAACUAACCUGUUUGUGGGAGACAUAUAUUUUCACUAUGAAGAACACUAAUGUGGAAUGGAAACAUUCAAAGCCAUAUAUUUUAUAGUGAGCAAGUUAGAGGCAGAACUGCAAAUAAAAGUUAAAAAUUGAUGCAAUAUGUUAAGAUUUGAUGCAAUAUGAUAAUAUAUAUAUAUAUUAGACUAUUAGAAAGCAAUUUCAGUUAAUCCUUCAGAAGCAAGGCCGUGCCUAAAAAAAAAAAGAAAUCAAGAAAUCCCAAAGAUCUUUUUGCCAUUCCAGAACUAAUGCAAUUUUGUAUACACAAUAUAUAAUAUAUAUUUAUAAAUACAUAGUUUUAAAGCAAACUGGAAUCCAAAUUAGUAACUAAAAUAAGUCAUUUCUUUCUGAAAUCUCAAAUCAGUCAGAAUUAAAGAGGACUACCCCUUGUUGUACAUUGAACAAGUAUUUGUAGGAUCCCACAUAAAAAUUCCAGAAGAAAUCAUAUUAAAAGUGUAAUACUGUCUUUUUAAAGAGUUGUUUCAGUGCAAGUCAUAGCUUAACUGCAAAAGUGUUUUGGGCCAGCAGAUGGCAAUAUGUUGCUACUUCAAAGUUUUUUCCUCCCUUCACAAGGAAAAGAUCUGUCUGUAAUCUUCUUAUAAAUACACUUGUCUUAAUUUUGACGCAGUUACUUAUCCAGUGACGUCUUUAAAUUAUAUCUCGUGCCACAAUGGAAUAAAACUCUACCAAACAAGAA